AUGGCCAGAGGGAGCGGGAUCCGUCGGCGUAGCCGCUGGAUGCGUCGAGGCGGCAAGAUGCCUGGCGCUGGCGUCGCUGUAAUGAAGCCCCAUGGCGGGGGCGUUGUCAAGCAUGCUGGCCGUGGGAUCCGUAGGCGCAGCGGUGAUGGGAGCCUCGGCCAAGUCGUCAACGCAGGCAGCGCCGACUCCGAGGUCGAGCAGGCAAGCAGCACCGAUUCGGCCAGCGAGGGAUGGAUCUACGUGCGUGGCCAUCGAAUCAAGAAGGCUGGCCUACAUAUCGACUGCCACGGCAACGUGUACGUCCCCGACUCGGAAGCUGAAGAAUCCGGCACGGAGGAGCCGGAGGCGUGUGGCCUAGAUGUCACCGCGGGCAUGGAUCUCGCCGUGGACCUGACCCCCAAGGUUCACGACGCUGUCGGCGUGGAGCGGGUUCCUGAGGGAGACGCGGUCGGCGCCGCCGUUGUGGACCAGGUCCCUGAUAUGGCCGCCGGUCAUGCUCGUGACACUGUCUUCAACAAGCUCGAGUCAAAAAUACAAAACCCAUUCCUCUUCGACAGAGGCGCUGCCGUCGUGAAACAACAACGACAAACGUUUUAA